AUGGUCAAACUGGCGUCCACCUUCGCGCCACGUCGACCCACGAGCGCCCUUCGCUACGCCAUUGCCGCCGUCUUCCUAAUAUCCCUAUUCUACUACCUCGACCCAGGCGGACACCAAAUACCCUCCUUCAGCUAUAAGCUUCCGAAAACACAUCAUGGCGUCAAGGACGAUGCGUCCCCCAAAAAGGCCGCGCCGCCGUUGCCGCGGCAGAGCGGCCAUCCCAUCGACGACCUCAUCAAGAAGGCCGAGGCGACGUUUGACGACAUGAUGGCCCGAGAAGCCAGGACGGUCGAAGACGCCGCGAAAGCGUACCGCGAGCGUCGCGGCCGCCACCCACCACCAGGGUUCGAGACGUGGUUCAAUUUCGCCAAGAAGAAGAGGUCCAUUGUCGUGGAAGACUUUUUCGACCAGAUCCACCACGAUCUCGAGCCGUUCUGGGGCAUCCAGCCGUACCGCAUCCGCAAGGAAGCCGCCACCUACGAAAUGUUCAUCACGGUGCGCGACGGCUUUGCCAACACGACGAGCGACUGGUUCUGGACCCAGAUCUGGCUCGACCUCUUCCGGACCAUCGACGACAUGCUGCCCGACAUGGACAUUGCGCUGAACCCCAUGGACGAGCCGCGCAUGGUCGUGCCGUGGGAGGACAUGGCGCAGUACAUGGAGAAGGCCGCCGAGACGAAAUUCAUGGCUGAUCCCCAGGACGUCGUCAGCCAGUUCCAGACCUUGCCCACUAAGAGUUGGGUCGAGCCUUGGACCUGGACGACGUGGAAGAUCUGGGAAUCCGAGAAGUUUUACUGGCGCCUCGCCCGCCGAGGAUGCCCGCCCACGAGCCCGGCACGGACCGCGCCGCUGCAGCGAUCCUUCGAAGACGCCCCCGAAAUCUCCAUGGCCAACGCCGAGCCCCAUCUCCUCGAAGGGUACGUGGCAAACGCUACGCUCGCCAAGGACAUUUGCCACCAGCCCGACCUGCAGGGCCUCAACGGCAUCUUCAUCGAGCCCCUCAGCACGUCGACGACGAGAGAAAUCUUCCCCCUCUUCGGCGGCUCCAAGCUGGCGGUCAACAACGAGAUCAUCCUGCCCGCCGCCAUGCACUGGCAGGAGGACGAGCGGUUCACGGGCGGCGACGACCACGGCGGGCCCUGGUCGCAGAAGACGAGCGCCGUGGUGUGGCGCGGCGUGGCCACGGGCGGGCGCAACCGCGAGACCAACUGGAAGGGCUUCCAGCGGCACCGGUUCGUCAGCAUGAACAACGCGACCAAGGUCGGCGAGGUCGAGCUCGGCGGCUGGCCGGCGCUCAACUUUGCGCUGCCGGAAAAGGCCUACAACAUUGCGGCGCAGGCCGCCGGGCGGCUCGGCGAGUGGGUGUCGACGUGGACCAACGUCGCGUUCACGGACCUCAUGUGCGAGCCGCGCGAGGACGACGGCGCGUGCCGCUACACGGGGCUGCACUACGCCAUUGGCAUGGGCCUCUCGAUGGGCCAGCAGUUCAUGCUGAAAUACCUGCCCGACGUCGACGGCAACAGCUACUCGGGCCGCUACCUGGGCUUCCUGCGCAGCACGAGCCUGCCGAUCAAGGCGACGGUGUGGCGCGAGUGGCACGACGACCGGCUCGUCGCGUGGAAGCACUUUGUGCCCAUGGACAGCCGGUUCGGCGACUACUACGGCAUCAUGGAGUACUUUCUCGGCUACGGCAACGACGUGCCGGGCCACGACGCCGAGGCCGAACGCAUCGCGACAGAGGGCAAGAUCUGGGCCGAAAAAGCGCUGCGCCGGGAGGACAUGCAGGUGUACACGCUGCGGCUGCUGCUGGAGUAUGCGCGCCUCACCGACGAUCGACGGCUGACGAUGGGCUGGGUCGACGACCUCCUCCAGGGCAGCCAGGCGCCGCAUGGCGCCGGGAGGCCCUGA